CGAGUUUGAUUCGAAGGACUCGACUUUUUGAAAACUUUUUCAUAUUUUCUUUCAUUGCUUUCUCAGUAUCAGUCAUCAUUAUGUUAGAUAAAUCGAGAUGAGACAAUGUCAAGUCAUUUCAAUGAAUAGGUUAAGCAAAACAUUAAGAUAAAUAGACAGCGAUGAAUAAAAUCCCUAUUUGUGGAUGAUAAAAAGAAUAUUAUCCCUACUGGUGACCAAAUAGGGAUUUUGAUUUGGGGAUUUUUCAAUUUAGGGAUUUUUUUUUAAAUGUAAGAUAUGUUGUAUCAAUCAUGAUUUAACAUCAUGUUCUACCUCGCUGAAAAUGUUUUUGCCAUCAAAGCCAGGUAGUGCCACGAAAACAGCACUACCAGCACUCACAUUUUGGUCACCAGAAUCCUAA